GCUAACAGUGUUAAUGUGACCCCGCCCCAAGAUACACCCAUGUCAAACAGAAAAGAUGGAAAAUACAUCAACUUUGGUUUUGAUGUGGAGAUUCAAAAACCAAUAGAAAAGCUUCCAAGAGAUAAAAAUGAUAAUAAGCUGCGACGGAACUAUUCAAGGUUAACCUGCGUAGCAGGCGCCGGUUUUGUAAGGGCGAACGGAGAAAUUUCGUGGACGCAUGCGCGCACUAGGGAGAACGUAAAACCUAACCACAAUACUUAACCAGCGCCUUCUACGCAGGCUAAUUCCAGGCUAACGAACGUGUCUUUCUUUCGAGACGUUGAAAUGGUAAGAAAAUUUUUUUCCUCAUAAUUAAUUUUUUUUUUUGUUUUAUCCUGUCUUUCUUUCGAAGGUACAGCGAUAUUUUUCGAAUUCAAGCACUACAAACCCAAAAAAGACAUCGUGAGUACGAGAUGUUUCGCAUUCAUGGAACAAGAUGAGUUCAAGCCGGGUCCCGCCUGCAUAGAACUGUAAGUAGGCAGGCUUUGCUUAUAAACGGCGAAGUUUUUGAUUUUUUUGUGGGGCCACUGGUUCCGUGUACUACGACUAGCCCCUCAUUAGGGCUCACGAAAUACGCGAGCGCGCGUGAGAUUCGCUGCCCGCGAUGACAGGCUACACGUGGUGGAAGGAGAGAAAUGAGAGACCUUCAUUUUCUCUUCUUCCUCUGUCUCGCCAACGAGUGUCUCUCUUUCCUGUUUUUGCUGUGUCUCCUGUGUCUCGCGGCGAUUUUCACCGGCGCUCGCGUACUUUGUGCAUCCUAUUAUCCCUGAGAAAGUCUGUUCCAGAAGUUUAGAUUGUGGACAGUGGCGCGAAAUCCACCUCUCGCCGCCCCAUCUCUGCUAACUUCUCUUUGUGCACUGCACACUGUCUCAAUCCCUGGAAAAGGCUGUCUCCGAAGGUAGUCAAGGACCGCUCGUAUUUUACUGAAUCUGCUAGCUUUCAAUUAACAAAGCUAACCGGAUUAACCUGUUCUUUUAGGUAUCAGAAGCCAACAGACUUUCACCGCAAGAGGUUAAAUCUUUUGACGCAAAAACCGCCUUAUCUUCAUGUGACACUCAACAUUCUUGAUGAUUAG